UUAGUCACAAAUCCAUUUGCAACCGUUGUCAAAACAUUUCGGUUUUUAAAUUGUCUUGAAACCUAAUAGAAAGGUUCCAAGACAUACUUCAAAAAUAGUCUUAAAAAAUUUUAUAUUUAUAGGUUUUUGGCUUCAAAAUGUUUCGACAACUGCGAAUGACACUGGAUAUUUCGGGUUGGAUCUUUAUGCCAUGGAGACGCAACCUCUGCAAUAAGCAGAGUCCUCCGGCACCGCCGCUGACCAGCACUAUUAAUGACGUGAUUGUGGACUACGACGAUCCGGAUUAUUUGCCUCUGCCGGAGUAUCCUGUACGACCAAAUGAACCCCUGGACACUCGCAAGCAGCGACUUUUGUACCAAUCGCGCAAGCGGGGUAUGUUGGAGAACGACUUGCUUCUUAGCACAUUUGCAGCUAAAUACCUAGAGAACUUUAACGCCGAGCAGACAGCCCUGUAUGACCAACUAAUCAACGGAGUGAGCAAUGACUGGGACAUCUACUACUGGGCCACCGAUGUAAAGCCCACGCCUAAGGAAUACGAUACCGAGAUUAUGAAGCUGCUCAAAGAGCAUGUGAAGAACGCGGAGCGAGUCACUCGCAUUCGUCAGCCGGAUUUGUACUCCAGUGAAUCCUAGAUAUAAUGCUUAACCAAAAUUUCCCAUUGAUUCGGAAUAUGAUCUCUGUUGGCAACUUAACACAUAUAUUUUUUUGAAACACAAAAAUGGGAAAAAUAUACUCCCAAAGAAG